AUCGGGCUAGGGCCGAAGGAAAUCACGCACGGGAGGCCGGGAUCGGCGUCGGAGCGGCGACAGGUCGGCGGGUUGGAGUCGGACGCUUGAGUCGCCGGCGGGAAGGGGCGGCGGAGGCAGGUUCGGCCUCAGCAGGCGGUGGCUGGUUCGGCGGCGUCGACUCGGGCGGGAGCACGACGGGUUCGGCUCUGGUGAGUCGGAGAGUCGUCGGAUUCGGAGCAGGUGGAGGCUGGUUGGAGGUCGUAUACGGCUUGGGUCUUGUUCGUUUGAGGUUAGAGAAUCUUCGACUGAAGCCGAGAUCAAGAUCGGAAGAGAUGUCGCCUUCGAAGAGUGAGAAGAUGGAUCGUUUUGCUGGUCCGGCCCGUCUCAUGAUUGUUUCUGAUCUUGACCAUACAAUGGUUGAUCAUCAUGAUCCGGAGAACUUAUCGUUGCUCAGGUUCAAUGCAUUAUGGGAAUCCAAUUACCGCCAUGACUCUCUACUUGUUUUCUCUACUGGAAGGUCACCAACACUGUACAAGGAGCUUUGGAAAGAGAAACCGUUAUUGACACCAGAUAUAACAAUCAUGUCUGUGGGUACAGAAAUAACUUAUGGUGAACGGAUGGUUUCUGAUAGUGGCUGGGAGAAAUUUCUAGAUGAGAAAUGGAAUCGUGAUAUUGUUGUUGAGGAAUCAUCUAAAUUUCCACAACUUUCAUUACAGUCAGAAACAGAGCAGCGGCCACACAAGGUUAGCUUUUAUGUUCAGAAGGAGAAGGCCGAGGUACUGAUGAAGUCUCUUAAGGAGAUCUUGACAAAUCGUGGGCUUGAUGUGAAGAUAAUUUACAGUGGUGGCAUAGAUCUUGACAUAUUACCACAAGGUGGUGGAAAAGGCCAGGCACUGGCAUAUUUACUCAAAAAAUUCAAGGAAGAUGGGAAACUACCACUCAACACUCUAGCUUGUGGUGAUUCUGGCAAUGAUGCUGAGCUAUUUAGCAUUCCAGAAGUUCAUGGUGUGAUGGUCAACAAUGCUCAAGAGGAACUAUUAAAGUGGCAUGCAGAAAAUGCUAAGGAUAAUCCUAAGAUAAUUCAUGCAAGUGGGAAAUGUGCUUCUGGGAUUAUAGAAGCUAUAGGCCAUUUUGGACUUGGUCCUAAUAUAUCUCCUAGAGAUGUUGAGAACCUAUCAACUUGCAAGCUUGACAACUUCAACCCUGGACAUGAAUUAGUGCUCUUUUACUUGUUGUAUGAAAGAUGGCAUCGGGAGGAAGUUGAACAAUCUGCUACUACUAUUGAGAUCAUGAAGAAGAUUACUUCUCACAAUGGUGUGUUGAUUCAUCCUUCUGGAGUUGAGAGACCUCUUCAUGAAUGCAUAGAUGCCUUUUCUGCAUGUUAUGGUGACAAAAAAGGCAGGCAGUUUCGAGUAUGGCUGGAUAGAGUUUCUUCUACUCAGAUUCAUCCAGAUGCUUGGCUUGUGAAAUUUGACAAGUGGGAAAAGUCAGAUGAAGGGCGGCGAUGCUGCCUAACUACCGUAGUGCUGAAAACCAAGGCAGACACGCCUGAAGGACUCAUGCUGGUACAUGUCCAUCAGACUUGGAUGGAUGGCUUUGCUGCAAAAAAAAACUGGUUCUUCUAAUAAUGCUUUGCAGUCUUGUUUGUAAGUUUCCUCAUUAAUCUGCUCUUGUUGUAAUAAAGUUCCUUUGUCUAAAACAUAGAAGCGUGACUGCAUGAGUCUGUUUUUGCUAUAUGGUAUCUAAGCUUAUAUACGGUUGCUGAAAGGUUGUACAUCUCUUCAUCAAUCUACGAAAUGAUGCAAGAAAUCUUAUUUAUUCUGCUUGUAAGAGUUUUGUUCAUAUUAAGGCUAGAAUUUGUGGUGGCAAUUUGGUGGAAA